UCAUGUGUUUUGAGAAAGGGCAUGGUGCUUCUUCUUGUUGGUAGGAUAAGGUCGGCACCUCCCUUCGACAGUGUCACAGAGACUUCAAACAGCCUGUGAUGCCUGAAAUAGGGCAAAUGACUGGCGCCUUAAAAGUGCCUGUUUUCUCUGACUGCGAAGGAAACUCUAUGGUGAAUAUGGAAGGGUGGGUUAAUGAUCCUACCCCUGUGCUGUCAGGAGGCCAGGGGAGAGGGCUGUCGGUCCUGUGCAGAGGUCUAGCAUUAGCAGGUGCCCUGUGUGUGUCUGUAAUUCAGGGCCCCAUGACUCAGGCUCCUAUGAGAUGUUUUUUACCAGCAAGAAGUAGCAUUUUUUAGAGGCUUAGCAGAAACCAAACUUGUGCAUGCCUCCAUGCUGUGACAAACGCACUGGUAAUUCCUUAUCACAGCAUUUGUAGCUUUGAGGCUUGCUCCCAGAAGGAGUUGGAAUAUCAGUGCUGCUUUUCAAACACCUAAAAUGACACCAUUAGCUACUGGGUUCUGUGUCACGUUAAUGCUGUGAAACACAGACAAUAUUUAUUCAGGUAGCAAAAUGAAACUGCAUUAUAACACCUGUCACCAGACAGUGUAGGGCAAAGGGAUUUGGAUUUGGAUCUGACUGCAAGGUAGGAGCUGGUGUUGAAUGCUGAGGACAUGUGCCUUGGGUCCUGCCCUCAUCCUAGUCUCCCUUGCUCCAGUUCAUUCGUUGAUCCUUUUCCUUUUGAUGCUGCUGUCAAAACCCAUAGGUCUAUUCAGGAGAGAAGUGCAUCAGCAACAUUAAUACUACUAAAAUACCCUGGACUGGAAAAAAAGAGAGGGAAUGAUGGUUUUUUGAACAAUAUCACUUUCUUGAGUUUUUGAUGCUGAGCUGUCUCGAUCAGUGGGGGAGAGCAGCUGUUACAUUCCUUCUCCACCAGCUGGUUCUCUGCAAUGCCAGCUUUAUUCUUGGCUUUGGCGUCUCUUAUCCCUCCUGCUGUCUGCACUCAUUUAUUUCUUCUGUUCUCAUGAACACCACACAGUCCAAAUUGUCAAACAGAGAAGUGAUAUUCCUGCAUCUUCUUACCAGCCCUGCCAGUCUUCUCAUUUCUCACUUGGCCACCUCCUCCCUGGUAGUCUGAUGGUGCCAGGUUUCCCCCAUCUUCCUUCCAGAGACUGAGCAUCUCGGUAGGGUAGGACUUGGGGAAAUGCCCAGUGGCAUUUAAAGCACCCAUCAGACAGCUGCUGCUCCCACCCUCAGUCCAUUUCUCACCUCUGAUGUAACAACAAAAAUAAUAAUUAAUAAUUUUUUUCUUCAUAGGGUUAAUUUAAGGUUACAGUAUGUGGGCUGGGGUUUCCUUUCCUUGCAAAACACAGGCAGAUCUGCUUGAGCAGUCUGGCUAAUGCUGUAGGAUGAUCUCUGGAAGGGAUUCGGGGGACAGGCCUUGUUGUUUGACCCAGGGCUAUUGGAGAUUACAGGGACGAGGGUCAGGCUGGGGUGCUGGCAGUGAGCAUUGUUGGGUGUGCUGGUGCUGUGGGUAUUUCAGGGCCACUGGAAAGGAGGGAAGUGACAUUUGGGUGGUGGCUGGUGGGGUAAUGGGUGACCUGUGUUAUAAAAGAACUGGGCAUGUAGAGCUUGGUGUUUAUCUCCUUCUUGCACCACAGCACCUGGACAUAAGGCAGCACCAGAUCUUUGGGGGCUGAGUUAAAUGCAGGUUUGACAUUACAAAAAAAAAAAAAAAAUACAACAAAACAUGGUAGUUGUUGGAGGUGCCUAAAAAAGGUUGGCAACAUGAACUCAUAUCUGGCUGGGGACAGGGGUAUAAUUUUGUCUCAGGUCAAAGGGAAAAUACAUCCCACGAUAACUGCAGCAGGGAUCAGGUAGGGAAGAAGAGGGAAAACAUCUGUUGAAGGUAUGGGCAUGAGAGUGAGUGGCUUGAUGGUGACCAUCUCGAGGCCAAGGGGCUGUGGGGAAAAUAGUGGGGCCGAGUUACACUGGGGCUUCCGUGCAUGGGGGGCAGGAGGAAGGAGAAAAAAUGAUGCUCAUGACAUUCGGCACCUUGCAGUCCUCACAGGGCAGACACACCUGGACUGUGGGCUGGUAAGGAAGGGGGGGGAAACAGCAGGAGAUUGUGAGGAUGAAAUUAAACCCAGCAGCAGACUGACGUGUCUGGUUUCACAAGAUGCUCUGUCCAGCACGAGGCAUUCCCUCUGGAUGCUGUUUUCUAUAGCCUGGGCAAAUUCAGACAACCUGCAGUUUACAGAGCCCUGUCUCAAUCCUGACCCUGCCCAAGUUUCCUUCAGUCAUUUAUUUCGCAGUGCCAGCAUCUCCUGUGAAUGCCUGCAAAGCCGCAGCCCUGUCCACGUCCCCAUGGCACAUAUUGUGGCCUGAGUUUUCCAGAGCAGAGGUUUCAUCCUCUCCCUGUCCAGCAGCUGGAAGGAGCACUGGAAUGCUACACUCAGUGCAGAGUGUGGGAUGCUCCCUAUACGUCUCCAUUUAGUAUUUCCCUGCUCCCUGGCACGAGUGCCUGUGUGGGCAUGAAAAUAAGACAAGCCCUCUCUUUCUAGCGUGGUUUUGUGCUCCUGCCUCAAGGUACAGGGCAAGGCUGAGACCUGGCAGGGAAAUGGUCCCCUGUGGGUUUCAGCACCCUGGCCCAUGGCACAGGGCAAACACUGCUCCCAAGUGCACGGGUUAGGAGGAUGUCAUCCAUGGGAUAGGGUCCAGCACUCGGCGUGGGUGACGCCGUAGUUGUUUGUGUGUGUCACAAUGGGAAGUGUGUGAAUGGGAUAGAUUUAGCUGUCAAAACAGACGACCAGAGCAGUCCGUCAUUAACUGCCAGCCCAUCUCGUCAUCCUGCAACCACAAGGAGCUUUUUUAGGGCCAGCGUCCUGGCGGAGGCCAGAGGAAGCGUGGGAGGCCAGUUCCCGGUGACACCUCCAGGCACAGCAGCGCUGCCCGGCGGUGCCAUUGGCUGCCCCCGGCCCGGGGCUGGUACUGGCCAGCGGUUAAAUGCCUGCCCAGCCACCCGGGGACACACAGCCUGGAGCAUCCCAACACGGGCAGCCAGCUCAUCCCAUCCCCAGCAGAGGAGACACGGGCUUGCAUCGCACCUUAAGCCCCAGGGACCACAACUGACAUGAGGGCUGCAUUCCUGGUGCUGCUUCUCUGGGCCAUGGCCUGUGCUCACCCCGUGCCUGGCCAUGAACCCACCCACUCCAGUGCCCUGCAGGAGGAUACCGCAAAUGAAGAUUAUAUCAGCAAGCUGGGCAACCACCUGGAUGGAGGAGAUGGCAUUCAUCCUCCUGCCAGUCCGGAGCCAGCCGAAAAUGCUCUUGCCAGGGACCUGACGGGUGGGAAUGCCGUGAAUGAGGAGAUGGGUGAGCUCAGUGGCCAAGACAUGGGAGGCCGAGUUGGGCAGGCUCAGCAUGUGAACCAGGUGGACCACGAGGACAUGGGCGCCCACAAUGGGAAUGACCUUGGUUUCCUGGAGGCGGAUGCACGUGACACUGAUGAUGGUGACAACAGAGACCACUACGGCACCAGAGCCAACGGAUUUCCCUCCCACGGCGACAGGUUCCUGGACGAGGAGGAUGACAGUGGGGAUGACACCUUUGAUGCCAACGGGGUAGAGGAGAGGGGCGAGGGCCCUACCUACGUGGCUGGUGCCGAUGGGGCAGGAGAACAUGAGCACGAUGCUGGCCGUGGGGACGCCGGGGCUGGCAGGGGGCACGGCGACAGCAGCAGCAGCAGCAGCAGCAGCAGCGAGAGCAUCGGGGCAGACCACCGGCGCUACAGGAACUACGGCUUUGGGCGCACCCACAGGCACGGAGGGGCCAGCAGCAGCAGCCAGGAGGAGGAGAGCUAUGACUUCCAGGAUGAAGCCAUGCAGGGGGAUGACCCCUCUGUCUUUGACGGUCCAGGCAGCAGCUACAGGAUGCGCCAUGCUGGUCCCCGUGCCCUGGGGAACAGCUGGGAGAGUGCCCAGGGGGCUGGCUCCCACCGCUGGGAGGAGGGUGACAGCAGGUCCCCCGAGGUGGAGGAUGGUGACUCUGGAGAAGACAGCCCCUCUGUGGAGGACAACAGUCAGUCAGAAGAGCCUGUUGACAGCCAGUCAGAGGAGAAAAGCUCCAGCCGCUCCAGGGAGGAUGGGGAUGUGGAUGGAGAGGACAGCCCCUCCAGGGAGAAAGAGGACAGUGAGUCCAGGAAGGGCACUGAUGAGCAGUCAGAUGAAGAGCCAGGGGAGUCCCCGGAGGUGGUGAGAACCUUGAAUGAGCACAGCAGCAGCUGGACCUGGGAAGGGCAGGAGGACUGGGAUUCUGCUGAGGACAGGAGUGUGCUGUCCACACCUGACAGUGAGUCCAGGGAAGAAGAGGGUGAACCAAGCAGGUACAGGGAAGAUGAUGAUGACCAGAGCCAGUCCACAGAGGACACUGUGGAGGAAUCAGAGGAGGAUGAGAAUGACUCUGUGCCGACCACAUCGGCCGAGAGCCCUGAGUCCCCAGAGGAUGACAGCAGCCCAGAGGACAACACAGGUGAGGACAGCAGGUCCACAGAGAGUGACAACAGUGAGUCCCAGGAGGAUGAUGAUGAUGUGGAGAGCCACUCCCAGGAGGAUGCCACCCGCGAGUCCAGCAGCCAUGGGGACGACAGCUCCCAGCAGAGCCUGGAGAGCGGGGGCCGCAAGCGGCGGCUGGGCGCCCUCCGCCACAGACCUGCUGCUGACUAUGAUGACAAUGACUGCCAGGACGGGUACUGACCCGUGCCCCAUGGCCUCAGUGGCGUGGGGGAUGUGGGGGGAGGAGGGGUUAAUUUAUUUGUCAUAUAGCCUGGUUGACUUCUUCUCAAGAAGAUGCUGUGGUUAAAAUGGAGUCGGGUUCGCCAGGGCUAGGCCUGGGCACGCUACACAGGGAGGGAAGGGGUAGGUGUUGCCAGGCACAGGGAGAACGCUGAACCACAGCGAGAAAAGGCAUUUUCUGUAUCAAACUGGAGAGCAGCUGAGAGCUGUGAGUGCCAGCAGGGUGAUGCUGCCCACUUGCCCCAGGGGCACAGUGGUGGCUUGGCACUUCUGGGCAUGCUGGGCAGAAAGGUCCCUGUGUUCACCCCUUGUAUUUACCUACCACUGCCCCAAACAUACCUGCCCAGACUCCAGCUGGAGCUUUCCAUUAACUCCAUGUCCCGCACAUAACAAGGAAAAGCUACAGCUGGUGUGCACACGUGGUGCAUGGGCGCAGCAGGGUGUGAAGUACCACUUCAGGAUGGGAUGUAUGUAAUAUUUUUAAUAUUUUGUAAGAAAUGUACAGAAAACAUUAUACUGUAUCCUUUUUGCACUUGUAUUUCAAAGCUGAGAUGUACCCUGUUGAUUUCUUUAAUCACCAUUAAAGCCACCAAACUCGACUGAA